AUGAUACCCCUAAUCCGUCCAUCCCAAUCCGUCAAUCUGCCCAAAAAAGAACUGUCAUCACCCAAGGGGCCUGUAACCUCUGCUAGUACAUCUACUCGGAGUUCAACUGCAGCUUCAAACCUCCAGACCUCUCAAAAUCCAACUCGAAAGAACUCUACAACAUUAAUCAAGACUCUGAUGAGGAAAACGCCAAGGCCGCUGAACGCUCAAUGA